CGAAAAUUGAUGGUUGGCAUUCGUGAAUCGCCAGCAGUGUUAACACGUGAGCGCGUAACAUUCAGCAGAAGCAACAGAACGAGCAAGACGACGCACAAUCCACAGCCAGCCAAUCCACAGCCAGCGAUCAACCCCCCGAGCUUGUGUACUUUUCGCUUCUUCUCCUGUAGUUUGCGCAUACUUGCUAGCCAUGGCCGUCCGCGCCCAGUACGAAGGAAGCAACGACGUUGGCGUCUUUGCCACCCUUACCAACAGCUAUUGCCUCACCGCGCUUGGCGCAUCAGAGAACUUUCACAGUGUAUUUGAGAGUGAAGUCGGUGAGGUCAUUCCCGUGGUCCACUGCAGCAUCGCCGGAACAAGCAUCAUCGGCCGUCUCACAGCAGGAAACCGCCACGGGCUUAUCGUGCCCAACUCAACCACAGACCAAGAGCUGCAGCACAUCCGCAAUGCGCUGCCAGAUGCAGUGAAGGUGGUGCGCGUGGAGGAGCGGUUAUCUGCACUGGGCAACGUCAUUGCGUGCAACGACUACGUGGCCCUCGUGCACCCUGAUCUGGACAGAGAGACGGAGGAGAUUAUCAUGGACACACUCAACGUGGAGGUGUUCAGGCAAACCAUCGCAGACAACGUCCUUGUUGGCUCCUACUGCGCCCUCAGCAACCGCGGUGGCCUGAUCCACCCUGGCACGAGCGUCACAGACCAGGACGAGCUCUCAUCCCUUCUCCAAAUCCCACUCGUGGCCGGCACUGUGAACCGCGGCAGCGAUGUGAUUGGCGCGGGGAUGGUGGUCAACGACUGGGUUGCCGUGUGCGGCAUGGACACAACGAGCACAGAACUUGCUGUCAUUGAUCAGAUCUUUGGCUUCCAGGAGCAGCAGCAGUCGUUCCUCCCAGCAGAGUUUCUCUAGCCCACGACUUUGGCCAGCGCCGGCUGGGUUGUGUUGUGCUGCGUGUGUUUUGUGUGGUGUGAUGUGAUGUGUUUUGUGUGUGUGUGUGUGUGUGGUGUGAUGUGAUGUGUUGUGUGUGUGUGCUUUGUGUGUGCUUUCUGUGUGCGUGUGUGUGCGCGUGCUUUGUGUGUGCUCUCUGUUGCUAUUCGUGUUUGCUCUCUUGUUGGUGUCAUUUCCCCUGCCUUGUUGCUGUUGUUGUGCCAGGCGUCAAGCCAUGUGCGGCGGAGUAAAACGUGGCUCCCGCAA